UUGUUCACCCGCAAGUGGUCGUUCGAGGCUCUUACUUCGCAAUCCACUCCCGUGGCUUCGGACAUGAGAGUCCGCCAGAUGUCAUGGCCGUGAAUCUUUUGCAUGGCAGAUGCCGAAAGCUGCUUGAUGAACCUGCGGCUCGCAUAAAAAAGGCAUUGAAUGGGAGUCAGGUAUCCGGCGGGCAUAUAUGGGUGCCUCUACUCUAUCUCCAGAGUAUCAUCAGGUAUUGGAACAACGUCUUGAACAGCUUUAAUGCUGAGCUGAUUGUUGAAGAGCGCACUCUUCUGCAGGAGCGCACUAUUCUGCAGCGGAACAAUAAUUAUGCAUACACAUCCGAUUAUUCUCACAUCCGUGACAACCACACCGCAACCAUCAGCCUCAUUGCCGCUCAUCUCUACUGGUAUCGAUCGCAACUUGCAUCACUGGAAGAUAUCGUCUCCGAUAUAACUGCUCGUCAAAAAGUGUCAAUGGUUGGCCUUGAAGCCCAGUCGUUAAAAAUUGUGCUGGAACAGGUGGCUUCCAACCUGAAAUUAGCAACAGCUUUUCGAGAUACGUUAGAGUGCAAAGCUCAGAAUAUCCUCGCCUUGCUAGACAGAGAAAUGCAAUCGGACAGAGACCAUCAGAUGCAGUUGUACGCCAUGGAAACCCAGGCGAGAGAGGCGUGCAGAGCCGCUGAGGCAUCCGAGGAAUCACAGGUUUUAGCCCGCGCAAUGAAAGAAGACAGUGUAGCCAUGAAGACUGUGAGAAUUCGGAUCGGAGUCAUCACACCUUCGUCCUUGUACCAUGUUAAAGAUCGCUGCUGACCUGUUUUCUCGCGCAGAUCGCGCUACUGUCGGUGU